AUGCACGAAGAAGCGAUAACGGAAUGGAAAGAUAUAUCAGCUGGAGUACCGCAAGGUUAUGUUUUAGUACCUAUCCUUUCAUCUAUUCUGUGUACCUACUCUAUACGGCUGAUAUACCAAAGGAUGAUAAGUGAUAACAUAACAUUAGCUAUGUUUGCCAAUGAUAUGGUAAGUCAACAAUUGACAAUAUCUUUGCUGGACAAAACGUUGGAAAAUUAA